AUGUCUAAAUUACCAAAAUUCCCGUCAGGGAGUAGUGUACCAGUUUCAGCACUUCCUUCCCCAGCUGGCCGAAGACGCUCAUCUACUGGUACCGCACAAAAGUCAACAACUGGUUUAAAAGGGCUCACUCCAGAACAAGAGGCUUUAUUACAUGAGGCUAUGGAAAAGUACAAGCCAGUAGACGCUAACAAAGCAAAUGAAUUUAAUUUUAGUUCUAUUUCAACCCUUAACAGUCAAAGUGACUUGUCAUUCCCUUCUACCACUACACCUAAUUCAAACAACCAGUCAAAUAUCUCAUUAAGGAAGCCCGGCGCCAGAAGACCAAGUAUAUCUAAGGUGACCCGGCAGCCUUUGUUACCACCGUUAAGUGAGAUACCUACUGGUGUUUCAACAGAAUUACCAACUUCUACGACUCAACCACAAGCUUUGCCCUCAAAAUAUUCUUUAAAUAAUUCAGGGCAUCAAUCAUCCCCCCAACGGUCAUUUUUAACACAAAACCAGUAUUCAACUACUGGAUCACCAUCCACAAAUAUAUUACCUGUUCACCCACGUUUACAAUCUGUCGCUACUUCACCACGUCCUGCAUCACCUUCACUUUCGCAAUUCUCAAUAGGAGAUCGAGUCGUUGCUGAAUCAAUGAACAUUGUUGGCACAUUAAAAUUUUUAGGUCCAAUAGAUAUCAAAGCUGGUACCUGGGCUGGAGUAGAAGUUGAUAUUCCUGGAACAGGUAAAAAUGACGGAAGUGUCAAUGGUAAAUCAUAUUUUACUUGUCCACCAAAAUCCGGCAUUUUUAUUCUUCCUUCAAAGCUUUCCAAAGUUGAUAAAGAGCCAGCUAGCUUACCACAAGCAUCUACCUCAAUUAAACCUAACCCUUCUGCUCAUAAAUUACCACGUCCUUCAUCCACUUCCACAAAUUCUAGUGACAAAGAAUAUUCAGGGAUUCCUUCGGCGGAUCCUAAUAUUUCAAAAAAUGCACAGAAUGCUGCAUUAGCCGCUUCCCGUAUAACUGCUGGAUCACGUGCCUCAAAAUAUAUUGGCGUCACGGCUUCUCAACUUAAACAAAGGACUAAACCUACAAAUAUUAUCACUACACCUAUUGCUGAGCCGCCAGCUUCUCGUGAUCAGUAUCAGACACCUAAAAAAACUUCAGGUUUGGCUCGUCCAACUUCAAAUAAUAAUUUAAAAUCACUAUCUUUAUCUCAACCUUCUGUAAGGAGCCGUACGAGGAGUAAUUCCUCCUCUUCUAACGGAUCUGCUAUAUCAAGUACAUCUCAAUCAGCUUCACAUCCAAGAUCCCGUUAUCAAAAUCAACCAAGUGAUACAUUAUCCCCUUCUGAUAGUGAUAUGACCGUCAUUGCUCCUAUAAAUGAAGAAAUGAGUAAUAAGUCUCUUCAAGAACAAGUAAAAAAAUUGUUAAAUGAUUCGGGAAAUUCUGAAAAUAUUCCUUUAAGCUUGUUUGACCAACAAGCUCUUCGAAUUCAACAAUUACAAAUGAAAAUUGAGGUACUGGAAGGAGAAAAUGCGCGUUUGAAGCUUGAUGACAAGAAACUUCAAACCCAAUCUGAUACAGGAAAAUUAAAUUUUCUUAGUCGUCCUGUAGAGCCAGAUACCAAAGAAAGCUGGGAAAUUGAGAAAAUUUCUCUUUUAGAAGAAAAAGAGUCUAUGGAAAAGGAAUUAAAUGAAAAGAUAGAGGAAUUGGCCAAGAAGCUUCAAGAAGCUUCAAAAGGACAAAAUUUCAGACCAAGCACUUCUCUUUCACAGAUUGCAGAUGACGAUCUUAUGAAUGAUAAUAUUUUGCAGCUUACCGAGCUGAUUGAACAAAAAGAUGAACAGAUUAAAUCCCUUGAGGAGUCAUUUAACAAGUUGACUAAACAAUCAAAUGAAUAUCAAACAAAGAUCGCAGAGUUAGAAAAAAUUAACUCUGAACGUGCUGACAAGAUAGAACAGCUUGCAACCCUCGGAUAUCAAAAUUCACAAACAGAAGCUUCUGAUAGAGUUGCCCAGUUGGAAAAGGUCAUUCAAGAAAAAUCCACUGAAAUUGUUCAAUUAACGGGGAAUGUUGAAAGUAUUCGGAUUGAAUCUGAUGGCAAAAUGCGUACUCUUCAAGAGACCAUCGACGAGCUAAAAUCUGCAGGUCAAGAGACAAUCAAUAUCUAUGAAUUAAAAGUUUCAUCACUCGAGCAACAAGUUGAAGAUUUAAAAAAAGCUGGUGUGGAAACAAUAUCAUUAUAUGAGGAGGCAACAAACAAAGUUACAGAACGUGAUACUAAAAUUAGUUUAUUGGAAAAAGAGGCUGAAGAAUUGCGAUCUGCUGGUGUGGAGGCUAUCGAUGUAUACGAGAAGACAAUUGAGGGAGCUAAAAGAGAGAUGGAAAAUACAAAAAACCAAUUGGCCAGAAAAGAGGAGUCACUUAGCGCAGCUAACAAAGAAAUAGAGAGACUUAGAUUGUUGCAAAAAGAAUUGACUGAAACAAAGACCAAGAGGGAAGAAGGUCUUCGAAAUGAAUUGGCUGAUUUACAAACUGGUUUGGAACAUAUGAUGCGUGCAGACGCCAAAUCUCGUGAACGUAUUUAUCAAUUAGAAGAUGAAGUUCGAGACUCACAAGCUCUUGUUAGCAGGCAACAAGAGGAAAUUUCUGCUCUUAAAAAUAAUAUGCAAAAUCUUAUGGCUGCUAACAAUGACGAAGAAAUUGAGAAAGUUAAAGAAGUCUUUGAAAGUGACAUUAAGAGACUUCAAUAUGAAUUGGGUGAAGCGAGAAAAUUAUUAUCUGAUACGCAAUCUGAAAAGCGUGCACUUGUUGGAGAAUUGGAUGUUAUUAAAGAUGAAAAGAAAUUGAUAGAAAAAAAAUUGCAGGAUAACGAAAAAGAGAGACAAGAUAUUAUCACUGAAAUGGAUGUGUUAAAAGGUAACAUGCUACAGAAUGAAAAUGAACGUACACAGUUGAUUACGGACAUAGAAGAGUAUAAAGUAAACAUCGCUAAAAUUGAGGAGCACAAGACAAAUAUCAUUAAGGACGCCGAGGCUGAAAAAUCAACAUUAAUGGAAUCACAUGAAGACUUGAGAAAAGAAUUAAUUGAAGCACGUGAAAGUGCCCAAAAAGACCUUGAAGAGUUACAGCAACAACUAAAAAAUAAAGAUAGUUAUGCAGAUCAACUAAAAUCUGAACUUGACACCAAGAUAGCUGAGAUAAAGCAAUUAAAUGUGGAAUUUGACUCAUUUAAAAAAGAUGUCGAAAAUUCAAAAACUGCUGAAGAUUCAACUAUGUCAUCUCAAGAUUCUAUAAAACUUAAAACAGAAAACGAACAAUUGAAGAAAAAAAUUAAAGAUUUAGCUAUAUCUACAAAAACAACGGAAGAGACGACACAAAAAAUUAAAGAAUAUGAAGAAAAAGUUUCAGCGUAUGAAGAACAAAUUUCUGGACUCAAACAUAUUGUACAAGAGUUGACUCGUGAAAAUGUUUCUAUUGCCAGUGAUAAUAAAAAAAUUUUAGCCGAACAAGAAAAAUUAAUGGAAGCUCAUCGACAAGUGGAAAAUGAAUGUUUGAAAUUGAUGGACGAGUUGGAGAGACUACAUAGUGAAUCACUUGGUGGUCAGGGCAUCUUAUCAUUGUCUCCACCUGUUGAAGAUUCGUAUGAGGCUGAUGGAACUAGUUCUGUAGACCAAGAAAUUUCUGAAGAAGGGGAAACGUCACAUGUAGGAACUGACGCGUCGCGUCUUCAAUCACUUUUAGUAGAAAAACAAUCACAAUUAGAUAGAUUGUCGUCUAAACAUAACGCAGAAACUCGAGAUUUGCGUCAGAAAAUUCAGGAAUUGGAAAGGUCAAAACAACGAGAAAUAACUGCAUUAAACAAAGAUGUUGCAGAAUUGGAAUCCUUAAUUGAAAGUAAGAUUUUCCGUGAAGCAGAUUUGGAAGAAGAAGUACAACGGGAACGACGAAAUGUUAAAAAGUGGAAAGAUGAUUUUGAAGAAUUGAAAGAGCAAUUAAAUAAAAUGAGUAAUAGCGAUGAAACAAACCUACUAGAAACUUCAAUUCUUGGUAAUGGUUUAAUUGAUGGAGGUUCUUCAUCUCGAACAAAUAAAACAGAAACUUCAAACUUAUAUUGCGAGAUUUGUGAAGAAUCAGGGCAUGAUAUUAUCAGUUGCAAAGUAGUAUUUGGUUCACAUUCAAGCGCUAGUAAUGCUUCAUCUGAUACCGCAGUUGAUGGAUUCACUGGAAAUCAUAAAGAUGAAAGGCCGUAUUGUGAUAAUUGCGAGGAGCAUGGAUUACAUUGGACGGAAGAUUGUCCUAACCAAGAUGAAACAUUUUAA